AUGGCGGCUGAGGGGGCGGCCGUGGCCGGAGGCGGGGCCGGGGCGGCCGGCGGCCCGGCCAAGGACAGCGCGCCGCCGGCCAGCGGCCCGGACGCGGCCCCGAACCGGCGGCGCUUCUCGGCGCUGCCGCGCGACGCCGAGCGCCGGGCCUCGCAGUGGUGCCGGGAGUACCUGGGCGGGGCCUGGCGCCGGGUGCCCCCCGAGGAGCUGCGGGUGCAGCCCGUGAGCGGAGGCCUCAGCAACCUGCUGUUCCGCUGCUCGCUGCCCGACCACCUGCCCAGCGUCGGCGAGGAGCCCCGCGAGGUGCUGCUGCGGCUGUACGGGGCCAUCCUGCAGGGCGUGGACUCCCUGGUCCUGGAGAGCGUGAUGUUCGCCAUCCUCGCCGAGCGGUCGCUGGGGCCCCAGCUCUACGGCGUCUUUCCCGAGGGCCGGCUGGAGCAGUACCUCCCAAGCCGGCCGCUGAGAACGCAGGAGCUCCGGGAGCCAGUGCUGUCCGCAGCCAUCGCCACCAAGAUGGCCCAGUUCCAUGGCAUGGAGAUGCCCUUCGCCAAGGAGCCCCGCUGGCUGUUCGGGACCAUGGAGCGGUACCUAAAGCAGAUCCAGGACCUGCCCCUCACCUGCCUGCCCCAGCUGAACCUGCUGGAGACCUGCAGCCUGAAGGACGAGAUGGGCAGCCUCCGGGAGCUGCUGAGCGCCACCCCGUCGCCCGUGGUCUUCUGUCACAACGACAUCCAGGAAGGGAACAUCUUGUUGCUCUCAGAGCCAACAACUGCCGACAGCCUCAUGCUGGUGGACUUCGAGUACAGCAGCUACAACUACAGGGGCUUUGACAUCGGGAACCACUUUUGCGAGUGGGUCUACAAUUACACGCAUGAGGAGUGGCCUCACUACAUAGCGCAGCCCGCAGACUACCCCACCCGGGACCAGCAGCUCCACUUUAUUCGCCAUUACCUGGCAGAGAUAAAGAAAGGUGAGACCAUCUCUCAAGAGGAGCAGACAAAACUGGAAGAGGAUUUGUUGGUGGAGGUCAAUCGGUACGCUUUGGCAUCCCAUUUCUUCUGGGGUCUCUGGUCCAUCCUCCAGGCAUCCAUGUCCACCAUAGAAUUUGGCUACCUGGAGUAUGCCCAGUCUCGCUUCCAGUCCUACUUCCAGCAGAAGAGGCAGCUGGCCGGCCUCCGCCCCGCCUCCUGACCCUGCUCCCUGGACCCUCGGCUUCUCCUGGGGCUCCUGGCGGCCUUGGAGGGAGGGCAGAGGCCUGGAGGCCCAACCGGCUUUCCCGCGGGCAGUGUACCCCGCCACAAUAAACAGGCUUCCUCCCUCGUGGUCUGUCUCCUCUCAGGCCUUGGCGAGCACUCCCCACGGGGUGCACCCCGUGCAAAGGGACCCCACGCAGAGCCCAGCCCCCGCUCUUUGAAAAGUUCAGCCACUUGGUGCCGCAGAGUGGUUGGGGCCCCCCA